AUGUUCGCCAUCUACCAGAGCGUGGGCUGGACGUUGUACGGACUGUUCGUGGCACUGCAGGUUAUCUGCUUCAGUUCUGACAGAGUGCGUGACUUGCCGUUCUGUCGCCCGGGCAGUCGCUCCGUUCAGGCUGUGGCGGCUUUCAUCGCCGAAGUGCUGAUCAUAUCGUCAGUGUUGACGCUGGAGAAGCGUCGGGAUCGCAAUCGGCAGCGUCGAAAGGACCGGUUUGUGGUACAACUCAACAACUUCAACAACAUGUUGUUGCUGGUCGGUGCGACGCUGUUGGCAUUGGCAUCCGAGUACACGCGCGUGUUCCCGCAUCCGUCGGGAAGCAGUGUGGGGUAUCCGAUGGCGACAGGACUGGGAUCAUUGGCUCUUUUCGUGACGGCGCUUUUCAACACGUAUGGACUGGGUGGAGUUCUGUCGACGAAGGACGGGUGGAAUUUUUACCAGCCUUUCAUGGCAGGAUCUCUUUUUGUAUUGGCUGAGAUUGGCAUGAUGAUGUCGUUACUAGUAUUCCAGAAGUCUGGAUCAACUGCUACCCUAUCUGGAACAUCGGAUGAGAAUAUGUUGUCACUUAAACGUCCCGAAACUACGAGCUUUUAUGAACGACUGCAUGACUUCGCUGAUGAAUGCCUUGGAGUCAUGGUCAUCGCAGUACUAGCCAACAUUUAUUUCAUCCCGAACAUUUUCAUGUUCGCACUGUUCGCUUUUACAACGAAUAUAAAUCGUUCAGACGUGCUUUACUAUGGCUUGAUGGCGUGGAGUAUUGAAGGCGCAAUGCUGAUGUCGCGCUCGAUAGCGACACACAUGUACAUCAGAGAUUCACGCAAUGGCCUGCGAACAGAGGUUAGUCGCUACCACGUCAAGUAUAUACUUCCCCAGAUUGUCACUACGUGUUUUCCUGCAAUUGCCACCUAUCGGCAUUACAUUUACGACAUGGAGGCUUUCGUUCCCGUGCUGCUUCUCAGCAUCGCAGCUUAUAUGUACGAGUUCACGUAUCGUGGAAACCCGCAUCAAACGGGUUGUAGAAAGCGGCUUAGCUGGAUUGCUGGUCACAGCUUCCUCAUUGAGACCGUCAAGCGAUACUUCAGCGGAAAGAUCAUUCGCAUGGCCCCUCUCGAUCCCAAGAAGCAAUAUGUGUUAAGCUUUCACCCGCACGGUAUCACACCGACCUCAGUUAUGUGGCUCCAGUUCAACACCGAAUGGCGAGAACUGUUCCCGAACUUUUACGCGCACAUUUUGACGGCUAGUAUCAUGCAUGCAUUACCGCUUGCUCGAGAUAUUCUUCAGUUCUUGGGGUCACGAGAAGUUACCCGGCAAGCCUUCACAUAUACACUCCAGCACAACGAGAGUGUAUUGCUGGUACCUGGCGGUCAAGCAGAGAUGCUAGAGCAGCGAUCUGGUCAGAAAGAGGUUCGGGUGUAUACACAUCACAAAGGUUUCAUCCGCCUCGCCAUCGAGCAUGGAGUGCCAUUGGUCCCAGUUCUCAGCUUCAACGAAGGCGAGAUGCUGGACAACAUUCAGGCUCCUCAGUUGCAACGCUGGUUCGUCAAAAACCUCGCGGUUCCAUUCCCAUUCUUUCCCUACGGUCGUGGAUUCUUGCCGAUUCCGCGCAAGGUACACAUUCCUAUCGUCGUUGGAGAACCUCUGGAGGUGCCACAUAUCAUAAAAUCCACCCAAGACGACGUCAAUAAAGUCCAAGCCAAGUACUACACUGCGCUUCGCGAGAUGUUUGAGAAGUACAAGGACGAAGUUGGUUGCGGCGACUACAAACUCGUUUUCAUCUGAAAAAUGUUCUAAUAGCAGCAAAAAAAAAAAGCAGGACGUGAAUACAGGCAAAAAAUGAUUUUACCUCACGAGACCUUGGCCCGUUUCAAAGACCUGCAACCCAUUUUUACGGGUUAAACACACCGGCCAGCGCUUCAAA